CGGACGUGUUCUAUGAGAUAAAAAAGCCUAUCAUCCUUUUUAUAGAUGGUCACCGAUCUUAUAUGACCAUGGCUCUCAGUGAAUUCUGUGAGCAAAAUGACAUCAUACUUUAUGGGCUUCUACCCAAUACCACACACAUCUUGCAACCCGCAGAUGUCAGCGUCUUUAAGCCCAUGAAGACAGAGUGGAAACUACGGUCAGAAAGUGGCAAAAUCGACCGGAAAAUAUUAAUUCUUCAAUAACAAAAUUAAAUUUCUGCCAAGUGUUUCAGGAAUGUCUUAAUAAUAUUAAUAUGACCCAGUAUAUCAUCAAUGGUUUCCGCAAGUGUAGCCUUUUUCCGUUAAACCCGAACAAUGUUGAUUACACGAAGUGUGUAAGAAACACUUUGGAGAAUCACAAUACUGAUAGAACUACGCAGGAUUUAGUAGAACCAUCACUAUCUUCCGACAAUAUUAAAGGUUCCAAACAGGUUUUGGAAGCAAUUCGCGAAAAAUUAGUUAGUUACGGUAUUAACGUUGAUGUAAUUAUGGAAGAGAUUAAAAUUCUGGAGCUAAGUAUUCCUUCUACAGAUAUAACCCUGCCGAAUGACAUUGUUGUGACUCACCAACAAACAUUACAAGACCCUCUUCCUCACAUUACAGACGUCGUUCCAGAUAAUAUAACUGGACAUUAUGUUAACAUGGAUAAUAUUGACAUCAUUCCUGUACAGAAUAUUAUCUGUAUGCCCAUAGGCGAUAAAGAUAAAGAGUUCGACGUCAAACCGAGGGAUAUCAUGCCUGAAAAAACUUCUGAUGAAGAAACAGAUACAGAGUUCAACAUAGAGUCUCAUCAGCAGGUGAUACCUGAGAUACUUUCAUCAACUUCCUAUCAUAAUGAAAAGGACACAGAUACUAAGCUUAACGUAGAACCUUGGGAGAUUACACCUGAAACAUCAUGUUCUCAUAAUGAAACGAACACAAAUACCGAGCUCAACGUAGAAGAAUCAGGGGAGACUUUAACUGAAACAUCAUCAUCAACUUUGUAUGAUGAAAAUAAAACAGAUACCGACUUAAACGUAGAGUCCCGGGAGGUAACACCUGAAACAGUACCAACGUCUCACGCUGAAAAAGAAACAGUUUUGCAACACCAAUCUAGUAGAUAAAGAAUUAAUACAAGAAUCCCUUUUAGAAACUAAC